UUGCCGAGGUGACGGAGCAGCAGCGGUGCGGUGAGUGAGGAGGUGACAGACAGAGCAGAGCAGCAGAGAGGAGCGGACCGAACCGGAGCACAAAUAUUACCUUCAAGAUGAGCCCGUCAGCCGCGUUACCUGUCACAACGUUCAGCCGCGCGGGUCGCUCCAGCUCCGCCUCAGAGCAGCACUGAUACUUCUCGGAUGUUCUGCGGAGCCUCCUGUCCAGCGGGCCGCGUAGCGUCGUACCAGUGAGUCAAACUUUCACCUGCUGAGCAAACCGUCACCUGAAACCGCGCCAUGAUCCCCGAAUGUCCCCGCGCCGGGGAGGCGAGGAGCCGAGCCCGCCUCCAGCACAGCCCGGCGGCCGCCGAGCCGAGUCCGAGCCCCAGCCCGCGCCCCGGACAGGGGCGCCCCAGCGCCAUCAGCGGCUUGUUGUCCGAGAUCAAGACCGCCGUGAGCCGGGAGCCGUUCACCGACCACUACACCAUCAUCCCCGGGAGAGAGCUCGGGAGGGGGAAGUUUGCUGUGGUCAGGAAGUGUGUGGAGAAAUGCUCGGGCCAAGAGUAUGCUGCAAAGUUCAUGAGGAAGAGACGGAAAGGCCAAGACUGCCGGACGGAGAUCAUCCAUGAAAUCGCGGUGCUCGAGUUGGCCACGGCCAGCCGACGAGUGGUCAACCUCCACCAGGUCUACGAGAUGGCUUCUGAGAUGGUGCUGGUCCUGGAGUUUGCGGCUGGAGGUGAGAUCUUCAACCAGUGUGUGUCCGAUCGAGAGGACGAGGCCUUCAGCGAGGGGGAUGUGAAGAGGCUGAUGAGGCAGAUCCUGGAGGGAGUCUCCUUCCUGCACCAGAACAACGUGGUCCACCUUGACCUAAAGCCUCAGAACAUCCUGCUGACCGGCUGCUCUCCUCUGGGGGACAUCAAGAUCGUGGACUUUGGUCUGUCCAGGAUGGUCUGCAGCCACCGGGAGCUCAGAGAGAUUAUGGGAACUCCAGAGUACGUCGCUCCGGAGAUUUUAAACUAUGAGCCCAUCAGCACGGCGACGGACAUGUGGAGCAUCGGCGUCCUGGCCUACGUGAUGCUGACAGGGAUCUCUCCGUUCCUGGGCGAGGACAAGCAGGAGACGUUCCUCAACAUCUCCCAGCUCAACGUGAGCUACAGCGAGGAGGAGCUGCAGCAGCUGGACCCGGCCGCCCUGUCCUUCAUCCAGACGCUGCUCCGCAAACAGCCACAGGAUCGGGCCACAGCGGAGGAGUGUCUCCAACACCCCUGGCUUCAGACCUCGGAGCCUCAGGAAAUCCAGACGGCGGAGGACAUCCUCCCGGUGGAGGACCAGGAGGCAUCCAGCUCCAGCAGCAGCUCCACCAGCAGCCCUGAGCCUCCCGGCAGCACGACCGCUGCUGAGGAAGAGGAGGAGGGGGAAGACCCGGUGACGGAGGAGCUGAUAGUCAUGGCUGCCUACACCUUGGGGCAGUGCCGCCAGUCCUCCACCUCGGAGAAGGAGGCGCUGGCUGCUGAGCAGAAGGCCAUCUCCAAGCGCUUCAAGUUCGAGGAGCCUUUCAGCGCCCUGCAGGAGGUCCCAGGAGAGUUCAUCUACUGACCACGCCCCCCUGGAUCAGUUAGUGUUGUCAUGGUAACAAACAUAGACCUUCUGAUUAUCCCGUAUGCAUAUAAUCAGACGCUGUUUCACAGUCAAUCUGAUACUAUUUAAGCAGUUGGGUUUUAAGUGCUUUUUUUUUUUUUCUUCAGGUACCCACUUACAUUUUUUCCCAUAAUGCAUCACUUUGGUUGACACCCACCCAGCCCAGCUCCUUUAGCAGUUACAGCAGGUUCAUGUCUCUUGUAUUUCAUUUGGUUUGCUGGUGUAUUUUUCUUUACCCUCCGCCAAACGUAGACACUGCCACCUCUCCUGACCAUCCAGGAGAGUUCAGAGGUCAAACUUCUUCGGCUGUUGGUGUUGAAGAGCGGCGUCUUCUCUCUAGAGGCAGGCAGAACGAGGCCGUGAACAAAGAUCCACGUCCAUGUCGCGACCGCUGUCAACACCAAGACACGAGUAUUUUUUCUGAACAAAAUUUAGACUUAGUGAAUUGACACAUUGUGUGCGAUGUAAAUAUAUAAAUAAACUUAACAUUAAAAAGUUCAAAAUAUUGAUCCAGAUUUUACUUUUGACCUCGAAAAACAGCACUUGGCUAAAUCUCACCGCAGCUUUCGAUUACCUCACACAAGCGCCCUCAGUUCUCUUGAUAGAAACAAAAUGUCCAGGGGGGACGUCCUCCAAAAAGGUUUUUGAAAUUUGAACUGCAGUUCCAUGUCAGCUGGCCUGUAGUGUAGCACGUCCACAACCUCCAAAACAGCUGCAAAAUUGGACCCCCCAAUAAUCUAAUCCUUGUCUUACUGUUUGACACAUUAAUCGGUAUUAUUAUUACUAUUAUUAUUAUUAAGGGACACAGCGACAUCAAGUUUCCACCAGAGACAAACUGAGAGGGACUGUUUCAUAGUUGAGCCCUGUCAGCCAAUCAGAAUAAAGGAUUGGGGAUGAAGCAUGAAGGCAAACUGCAUUCUGGGAAUCGAGACAUCAGUGACCAAUGUAGAAAACAAAAAAAAGGAGAAGUGUCCAGCCACAGGCACCAGCUGAUCCACGCACCGAUGACUGAAAGCACAAAGCUCUCUGCGGGAUGUAAAGUUAGUGUAUAUAACGCGUAGUGACACAGUUCCAGUCAUCAUAUAUGUGCAUGUGGUCUGAUGACUGAAGGGUUGAUUUGCGGCUGGGACUGCUUCGUCGCACAGUAACUCACCUUUCUUACUUUUUUUCAUGACUUUUUCUUUUCUUUUUUUUUUUUGAAUUCCGAAGCCAAAUCUUUGUUUUCUUUUGAGUCCAUUUCCUCGUCCGUGCCGCUCUCCUCCGAACACAACCAGCUCCUCGUCUGUACAUCGUCUUCUUUUGUAUUUGGUGCCAUGCUUGGAGAAAAAUAUUUGAUAAUCAUAGCUCUUGCCAUUUUUUUUAAACAUUUUCAUUUCUGUUUAUUAUUGCUGACAUCUCUGAGGAGUUUCUGAUUCUGUGUAAAUAA